AUGAGCGUCCAGCCAUCGCAGAUGAGCAUCGAAGAAGGGAGAAAACAUCCGACAAGAUCGGCCACCGCAUCAGCCAUCGGCAACAUGGGUCCUGAAGCUGGGGCCGGGAUUUUGGUUGGAGGUGUCGUGGCGACGGUUUUAACUUGCUUCACCGCCACUUUGUGCCUCUGCUGCUUUCUCGGCGUCAAGGAGCUCCGAAAGAAUCCAAAAUCUGGCGAGGGCUGGCUUCUUAUAUGCCUUGGAAUCCCGGUCAACGUAGCGUUGGGCUGGCUGAUUUGGAUGUGGGUCUCGGCGAGGCAUGCGGCUGACCCGGAUGCUGCGAGUCAGGCCCUCCAGCAGAGUUAUCCUGCGGAAACCACCACCCUGUUCCGGAACGAUACAUUGCUGUCCGGUUACCUAGGCUCCAACGCUUCUGGGCCUACUGGAUAUCGAACCCCAGGCAAA